UUCGCGGCAAAGACAAGAGAAGCCCUCCGCUUUGCAAAACAUUGCCUCCAUUUUCAGCUCUCCGCUUUUGCACAGUCUCAUUCUGCUUUGUCUCUGUGCACUUUUUGGCUUCGCCUCUUUUUUGUUAGCUUCUGUGUGUUUUCUUCGUCGAAUGCUCUUCUUUUUUGGCACUAAUUAUUUUCCCCAUUUCAUAAUCGGAUAACUUCUAAUUUUGCUCUGUGCCUCCAUCAAUCCUAGAAGAUUUGCAUUUGGAAUUUUCUCCUCGCUCUAUUCCCAGAUCUCUCUUUACCUUUCUGCGUCGCUUUCCUUUCUUCAACCAAAAAUCUCACUACUCUCUCCUUGUUGCCUUGUGUUUGCUUGUUUCCUCUCACCAAAUCAGCACGCAAUUAGGUCAAAUGCAUCGUUGUGAUUGUUCAUUUUGGUUUUGUGUUGGAACGUUAUCACUACUAUUGUUAAUUAAUUUUGGAGAAUUCGCGAAUGGUGAAUGGGCAACUUGCUCCGGGAUCGUUCCGAUGAACUACCGGAACGAUAAGAUAUCGAUUACGGACUUCGGAGGCGUAGGCGAUGGGGUGACGCUGAACACGAAAGCAUUCAGGGAAGCAAUUUACAGAAUUGAGCAUUUGAGAAGGAGAGGUGGCUCUCUGCUUUACAUUCCUCCCGGCGAAUAUCUAACCGGACCUUUCAAUCUCACUAGCCGUAUGACUCUCUACUUGGCCAGAGGCGCCGUGAUCAAAGCCACUACGGAUGUUGGGAAGUGGCCAUUGAUAGCACCGUUGCCCUCUUAUGGAAGAGGAAGAGAACGGCCUGGGGGAAGGUAUAUGAGCUUCAUCCACGGUAACGGUCUACAUGAUGUGAUCAUCACAGGGGAAAAUGGAACAGUCGAUGGCCAAGGCGGCAUCUGGUGGGACAUGUGGAGGCGAAGAAAUCUCAAGUUUACCCGACCAAACCUUAUCGAGUUCAUGAACUCGAGAGGCAUUAUCAUUUCCAAUGUCAUUUUCAAGAACUCUCCCUUUUGGAACAUACACCCUGUUUACUGCAGUCAUGUUGUGGUUCGAUAUGUAACGAUUCUUGCCCCUGCUGACUCCCCUAACACUGAUGGUAUCGAUCCAGAUUCAAGCUCCAACAUAUGCAUCGAGGACUCCUACAUAUCCACCGGGGACGACCUAGUAGCUGUGAAGAGCGGGUGGGAUGAAUACGGGAUAGCAUUUGGUCGCCCCAGCCACAGCAUCACCAUCAGAAGACUAACCGGAUCAUCCCCAUUUGCUGGCAUCGCAGUUGGAAGUGAAACCUCCGGUGGCGUGGUGGACGUCCUGGCAGACCACAUAACCCUAUACAACGUGGGAAUCGGCAUACACCUCAAGACCAACGUCGGCAGGGGAGGGGUGGUGAGGAACAUAACUGUGUCGAACCUCUACAUGGAGAAUGCUCGGACAGGGAUAAAGAUCUCAGGCGAUGUAGGAGACCACCCGGACGAGUACUACAACCGGAAAGCUCUCCCGGUUCUCAAGAAUGUGGUGAUCAAGAAUGUUUGGGGAGAAAGAGUCCAGCAACCCGGCCUCAUCCGCGGCCUUAAAAAUGCACCAUUCACUGAUAUUUGCCUCUCCAACAUACAUCUCAGUGGCGCACGGCCGUGGCAGUGCUCUCAUGUGAUUGGAGCCGCCGUUCAAGUUAGCCCCUCGCCGUGCGCUCAGCUCUCCUCCCGCCAGCGGUUAGGUGCAUGCUCCUCUUCCUUCUAAAAUCCCCCUAAUAUGUAGCUUAUCCUUUUAAUAUGAAGAGACAGUAAAUUUUAUAAUGUGUUAUACUAGCAAUUAUUUUGUUUACA